AUGGAAGGAAACAGGACCGUUGCCACAGAAUUUUUUCUUCUUGGAUUUCAGCAAUACAGCAGCCAUAAAAUCUUUGUUUUCAUUUCUCUUCUUCUUAUCUAUUUAAUGACUUUAACUGGGGAUCUUAUGAUUAUUCUUUUGGUAUCAACAAAUCAACAACUCCAGUCUCCAAUGUAUUACUUCCUCAAGCACCUGUCCUUGUCUGAAAUCAUUGCUACUACUAAUAUUGUCCCUAACAUGCUCUAUAACAUAUUGGAAGAAGGGAGCUCCAUGCCAAUUAUUUGUUGUUUCAUGCAGUUUUAUUUCUACAUUGCCUCAGGGGGCGUAGAGUCUCUUUUUCUCACUAUUAUGUCAUAUGAUCGAUACUUGGCCAUCUGUAACCCAUUGCGUUACUCCAAUCUAAUGAACAUCCAGAUUUGUCAUACUUUGGUUUUAUGUUCUUGGUUGUUGAGUUUCUUAGUAAUGUUGGUAACAGUAUCAUUUAUAUGCCAAUUGCAGUUCUGCGCCUCCAAUAUUAUUGAUCAUUAUUUCUGUGACUAUGAACCACUUCUGGAACUCUCUUGCUCAGACACCUCAGUUGUGAGAAUAGAAGUUCUGGUAAUUUCCAUCCCAACAGUAAUUGCAGCCUUUACAUUCAUUAUCAUUACUUAUAUAUGUAUUUUUGUGACAAUUCUUAGGAUCUCCUCCUCUGUAGGCAGAAAGAAAGCCUUUUCAACCUGCAGUGCCCACCUCACCUCUGUGUGCUCAUACUACAGCCCUCUCAUCAUCAUUUAUGUUGUACCAUAUAGAGGAAGUUCUCUAGAUGCAAACAAGUCUCUAUCUUUACUAUAUACAGUCAUCACACCGUUACUUAACCCACUUAUAUACAGUCUGAGGAAUCGGGAGAUUAGAGACACUUUAAGUAAAAUUCUGAAUAAAAAAAGGAAACAUAUUAAAAUCUUUACUAGCAAGAAUAGUAUUCUUCUUCUUUCUUGGACAAGAAAUUACAUUCAAGAUUAUAUUCUGAGGAACGGCAUUAUAGGUAAUCAGCAUGGCUUUAUGAAGUGCUUCUUGCAGCCAUACCUGUUGAUGGAUGGCCUGUCUUCCCAGAUCUGCUUACUUGCGCAACACCAUCUCUUCUCCUGCAUGUUCACUGUUUACACUCUGAAGAAAUCUCGUUUCUUGUCAUCAAGUGUCCAGUCACCCCUAUCAUCCUGGGACUUCCAUGGUUCCAACUACAUAAUCCAGUUAUCAUUUGCUCCACAGGUCCUUCCUGUCAAUCUUACUAAAGUGGAUGUUCCUGCUGCUGGAUCCUUGAUUCAGGACUUUAAAAAUAUUUGGCCUGUUUCUCCUUCUCCUGUUCUCCUAGAUGGUCAUCAGGAAUUUGAGCAUUGUGGAUUCUUACAAAUCUAG